UGCCAUGUGGUACUAAACUUGAUCAAUUAUUCAUCCCCCACAAACCCACAUGUCAGUCCUCUAUUUAUGAACUUCAUCUCUGAACAAAGUUAGUUUCACCCACUUCACAUCUCAUGGCAAAUCCAACGACUCUCUUCGCUCUCUUCUUUCUCCUCUCGUUUUGCUUCGCCGGAACCGUUACAUCUGAUGAUUGUGUGUACACGGUGUACGUUAGAACCGGGUCGAUCAUCAAGGCAGGGACAGACUCAAUCAUGACCCUCACGUUGUACAACGCAGACGGUUACGGUAUAUUGAUUAGGGAUCUUGAGGCAUGGGGCGGGUUAAUGGGUUCGGGUUAUAACUACUUUGAGCGGGGCAACCUUGAUAUAUUCAGUGGUAGAGGUCCUUGUUUGGAUGGACCUGUUUGCAAUAUGAACUUGACUUCAGAUGGGUCGGGUUCUCAUCACGGUUGGUAUUGUAAUUAUGUGGAGGUUACCACCACUGGGGCCCACAUUCCCUGUGCUCAACAGCAGUUCGAGGUGGAACAGUGGCUAGCUACCGACACAUCGCCAUACGAGCUUUCUGCUAUUAGGAACAACUGCCAAUAUAAUAAUUUGGGCCAGGCCCAUCAUAAACUAAAGACCGUUGAUGCCGUUAGUUCUGAGUCUGGGUCUGAUUUCUCAAUUUUGGCCUCUACUGUGCACGUGUAGGACACUAUACCGUUAGUGUUCUACGUGUGACCUUGUUUAGGUUGCAAAGUAGAGUUGUCACUUCGGUUCUUCAUCUAGAACCCUUAUGUAUUAUCAUUGAAUAAAAUGUUGGCUUUGCCAAGGCGUUUUGUAGUCUUGGCAUUAUUUUUUAUGUUGUAAUGAUGCAGUAAAGUCAGAUGAAAAUAAGUGGCUAUGAGUGUUUUUGAGAUGUCUGGAGAAGAAAGAAGGAUUCUUGUUUUGUUUUUAGUGUCUGCAAGUUUAUGUGUUACUUUUGGCACAUUAUUUUUAUUUAUAAUAUGUAUGGUAGUUUAAUAUCUUUAUGUGAUGCAAUGCAUUAGGAAAACAUGCUUGUAAUUUAUACAUUCAUUUCACACAAUUAUCAUGACAAAGGGUUGCAGAA